AUGACCGUGGACCAGACCCCCGAGCCGGACUUUGUAUACCAGAAGGAGAUUGUCUAUAACAGACUGCUGCCUUAUGCGGACCGACUGGACGUGGAGGCAAAGGAGCUAUUAUCGGACAUUAAAGCCAAUCUUUCCAGAGCCGUCCUUGUCAGAGAACUUUGGCCCGGGGUCUCCUUCUGGUCAAGGAAACUGUUCUCCUUUCUGAAGCUGUAUGGCCGCAGGUUCAGUAAAGACGACCAUGUUCUCUUCAUUAAACUGCUCUAUGAAUUGGUCACGCUUCCUGACCUGGAGCCCCACAUGAUGCAGAGCUACGCCAGGCUGCUCAUUCACCUCCUCAAGAAGAAGGAACUGCUGUCACGGGAUGACCUCCAGUUACCAUGGCGACCACUUUACAAUCUGUAUGACAGGGUCAUCUACUCCAAAACCGAGCAUCUCGGCCUUAUCUGGUUCCCCAACUCCGUGGAUAACAUUUUGAAGGCUUUGGUCAAGAGCUGCCGACUGUAUUUCCCAGCAUCCUCCACUCAGGAGAUGCUGGAUGAGUGGCGCCCCCUUCUCUGUGUGUUUGAUGCAGUCAUGCAAAAGGCCAUCAGCAACAUGGAGCUGUUCUUACCCACCAUUAUGCCACCAGAGGAGUACAGCCAAGGCUUCCAGUUGUGGUUUGAGGAGCUAAUGAAUCUUUGGAUGUCAGUACAGAACCAACCCAGCUGGGAAGGGUGCCUAGUAAACCUGUUUGCUCGCCUGGCCAAUGACAAUAUCGGCUAUGUGGACUGGACUCCAUAUAUCCCCACAAUCUUUACAAAGAUCCUGCGUAGUCUGAACCUGCCGGUUGGGGUCAGUCAAAUGGUAGCACCACGAUACCUCACCAACUCCUAUGACAUUGGACACUUGGUGCUGUGGAUCACUGCCCUGCUGGGAGGACCAGGGAACCCCGCACAAAAGGAAUUGACAUGUCUCUUCAACAGCAUCGCCUCCUUUUACCAUCCAUCCAAUCAUGGACGCUGGCAGUCUCGGCUGAUGCGAUUGCUCCAGAAACUCCCGGCUAGCGUUGUGCGUCGGGUCCACCGUGAGCGCCACGCUGUCCCCAGCUGGAUUGUGGCCGUACCAGAGACCCAAAGGCUGUCGGAUGCAGACCUGCAGGAGUUCAGUCGCAGCCUCAUUGGUGCCGCCCUACUGGCCAUGUUCAGUAAAACAGGCAGUAUGGACGCAGCCUACGCUCUGCAGAACCUGGCUCUUCUCUCUCCAGAACUCACCAUACCGCCUGUCCUUGAGAAAACCUAUGUAGCAAUGGAGACCCUGACGGAGCCUCACACCCUCACUGCCACGCUCAGUUGUAUGAUUGGCAUGGCCCGCAGCCUGGUUUCAGCUGGCAACCAUUACCCAGAGGGCCGCAUGCACAUCAUCCCACUCCUCAUGGGCUCCCUGCCUGGGGUGGACCCCAAUGACUUCAGCAAGUGCAUGAUAACAUUCCAGUUUAUUGCCACCUUCACUACUCUGGUGCCUUUAGUGGACUGCUCCUCUGCUCCCUCUCAACACAGUGAACUCACGGAGAUGGAGAGGGAUCUGUGCUUUGCCUCGGCCGAGUUUGAAGACUUUGUCCUCCAGUUUCUAGACAGGUGCUUUGCUCUGAUUGACAGCAGUACCCUAGAACAGACGAGAGGUGAGACAGAGACGGAUACCCAGACCCAGCUGGAGAGCCUGGUGGAGCUGGGCCUCUCCUCCACUGUCAGCACUGUCCUGACGCAGUGCUCCACAGACAUAUACAAGGUGGCGCUAGAGAAGUUAUACAAUUUUGCCACCACAAACAUCUUUGAGACGUGUGUGUCCGGCAGGAUGGUGGCUGACAUGUGCAGGGCUGCAGCAAAGUGUCACCCUGCAGAGUCUCUCCGUCUGUUCGUCCCACACUGCUGCAGCAUCAUUUUCCACAUCACUGACAAUGAGGAGUUGUUGAAUGAAGAGGAGCUAGACAAGGAGCUGCUGUGGAACCUCCAGCUUCUCUCCGAGGUAACACGUGUGGACGGUGAACAGCUGUUGAAAUACCAAUGGGAUUUGGAGCGGAUCAUGUGCGUGUGUGUGCGUCUGCGUUGUAAACGAGCAUACACGCUCGCCUGCGGUUUGCUGGAACACACACUACGUUCGCUGUCCCUCAUCUACCCAACAGAAUACCGCAGCACUGCUGGGGGCUUCGACACUGACCUCCCCAUAAGGGACUGGGGCAGGGCAGGAGAUGUUGAGGCAUUAGGGGUUUGUUGGCACAUGCCAGGUCGGGAGGAAGAGAACUUUGUUUUCCAGCUAUUGUCCUGCCUUCUGCAACCUGAGCUCCAGCGAAUCAAGGACCACGUCUCUGGAAAUCAGUCGAUGAGCAGGGAGGAGCUAUUGCAGAGUCUAGCUAUAGUUCAGCACUGCCUUCUAGGAGCUGGAAGCAUGCUGGCCCUUCUGGAUGGACCGCACGUACCUGACCUCAUACCCUCUAUGGUGCAUUUGACAGAAAUCAAGCUACAUAUCGGCGUUGACUAUGAUGAUUCCAGGGAGAACUACAGAGAGUCCAUCUGCCAAACCCUAAGACUGCUGCUACAUCACAUUUUGAAACACUCAGAGGAUGACACGAAGUCACUGUUCGUCAUCAUUAAGAUUAUCAAUGAUCUCCUGCUUUUCCGAGGCACUCACAAGAAGGAGUUCGACUCCCGCUGGAAAAGCUUCACUCUUGUCAAGAAGUCAAUGGAAAACAGGCUUCACGGGAAGAAGCAGCACAUCCGCGCGCUGCUCGUGGACAGAGUCCUACUGCAGCAUGAGAUGAGGAAGCUGGUGGUAGAGGGCAGUGAAUACAAAGUGAUCCAUCAGCAGCUGCUCUGUGAUCUGUUACUGCUGUCCACCAGCACAUACAGUCAGGUACGUAGUAGGGCCCAGACUGUGCUGAUGACUGCAUUAGGAAUGUACAGCUUCGCCCACAAAGAUCUGACUACCAGAAUCCUUCAGCUGCUCUCACCACAGCACACUACCGGCACCCAACAGCAGUUCAAGGGUGCCCUAUACUGUUUGCUGGGUUUACAUGGUGGUGUGUGCCUGGCCAGUGCAAGGGACUGGGACUCUAUCGGUCAGGUAUGGCCUGCCCUGGUCCGCUGUGGCCUAUCCCCAUCCAUGACACUAGAGAAGCCAUCCAUUGGUCGAUUGCUUGAUGACAUCACAGACAAGAUCCACCGCCUGCACGAUACCAUUGGCAUCUACCUCACCGUAUCAGAAAGCUGUGUAGACGUAGCUAAUCAAAUCGCAAAGUCUAAAAAUCCAACCCCCUGUUUAGAAGUUCCCACUAUGGAGGAACUGAAGGAAGGCCUUCAGCGUCAGCGAAUCAAAAACCUGGUUGCAGCAAGGAAAUAUGAGAAGCUGGUCAAUGAUCUCUUGGACUGCCUGGAAGACAGAGACCUGCCAUGGAAGUUUGAACAUAUGGCUACAGACCUGUUGUCUCUGCAGCUUAGAGAGGACCAUCCACUGCCCUCCGAUGCUGUCCUCUACUUCACACAGAGCCUCACUCACGACUCCAUCAGCAUACGCAAGGUGGCAAUCUCAGCUGUUGCCGGCAUCUUGAAACAGCAGAAGAGACCACAAAACAAGGUGGCUGUGAAGCCGUCAGACAUCAGUGGCUUUGACGAUGCAGUGGGUGUGUGUGUAGGAGACCGUGAGGGGAAUCGCUGGUUGCAGUAUGACAGCAACAAUCUACCUCUAAGUCAGGAACAGUGGGACUCCCAAACCUAUGUGGAGAAGACUCACUGGGGGUACUACUCAUGGCCAAGAGAACUGAUGAUCUAUGCAGCUUCAGAAAAGCUAGAAGACAACCUGCCAAAUGAGGAGAUGAGUGAGGGUGAAAAGAUCAUCUUUGAAUAUUUCUCUGAUCCCGAGUUUGUGGACCAACUUAUGGAGUUUCUUUCUCUGGAGGACCGUAAGGGAAACGACAGCUUCAGCCCUCGACGUUUCUGUCUCUUCAAGGGCCUGUUCCGUAACUAUGGCGAUGUGUUCCUGCCAUUACUGUGGCCUCACCUGGAGCAGCUAGCCGGCGAUUCCCAUGAGAGCUCCCAGCGCUGCGUGUGUGAGAUUACCGCAGGGCUUAUCAGAGGCAGCAAACACUGGAGUUUCAGUAAGGUGGAGAGUUUAUGGCAGCGCUUACGCCCUUUGAUACGGACAGCGUUGGCCAACAUCACUGUGGAAAACUACACAGACUGGGGCACCUGCAUCGCUACUGCCUGUGAAGGCCGAGACCCCAGAAAGCUCCAUUGGCUGUUUGAACUGCUGAUGGAGAGUCCACUCUCUGGAGAAGGAGGCUCUUUCAGAGAUGCCAGCCUGCUGUAUGUGCUCCAGGGUGCUGCUCAGCAGCAGUGGAGAGUGGCUGAACUUUUGCACAGACUGCUGGCUUACCUGGAGCCCAAACUCACACAUGUGUACAAGAAUGUCAGGGAGCGCAUCGGCAGUGUCCUGACCUAUAUCUUCAUGAUAGACGUGGCCCUGCCCCACACUCAGCCCACCUCCUCCCCUCAUGUGGCAGAGUUCGUCACGCGGGUCCUGGAGCAGCUCAAGCCCCUCACAUCCGAGCAGGAGAUCCACAACCACGUCCACGAGGAGAACACUCAGGAGACGGACGAGCGGACCCAGGCUGUCAAGCUGCUCAAGACGGUUUUAAAAUGGUUGAUGGCAACUGCAGGAAGGACUUUUACCACUCCGGUUCAGCAGCAGCUGCAGCUCUUGCCUCUCCUUUUCAAGAUCGCUCCAGUGGAGAUUGAUGAGAGUUAUGACGAGAUGAAGCAGGAUGCACGCACGUGUCUAUCUUUAAUGUCCCAGGGACUGCUCUACCCAGAGCAGAUCCCUCUGGUCUUGGCAGCUCUGAAGGAGAUGGCAGGCAGCAGGUCAUGGCAUGCGCGCUACUCGGUGCUGACCUACCUCCAAAAUGUUUUCUACAACCUGUUUACGUUACUCAGUCUGCCCGCCGAGGUCCUGUGCAUUAGAAAGAUGGUGAUGCAGCUGCUGCUGGAUGAACAGCUAGAGGUGAGGGACAUGGCGGGAACCACCCUGAGUGGUUUGCUGCAGUGCCAGUUCUUCCCCUUGGAUUCCAGUCUGCAGACACAGCUCCAGACGCUGAGUCAGACCCGCCUCCCCAAGGCCAGAGGAGAACUGGCCUCCACAGACUUGGUACGACGCCACGCCGGAGUGCUGGGUCUCAGUGCAUGUAUCCUGUCAAGCCCAUAUGAUGUUCCAGAUUGGAUGCCCCAAAUACUGAUGGACCUGAGUGACCACCUCAAUGACCCACAACCUAUAGAGAUGACGGUGAAGAAGACCCUGUCAGACUUCCGGCGUACCCACCAUGACAACUGGCAGGAGCACCGCCAGCGCUUUACUGAUGACCAGCUACUGGUGCUCACAGACCUCCUGGUGUCCCCCUGUUACUACGCCUAGACAGACGCA